AUGGUUUGGCUAUUAUUUUUCUCACUGAUUAUUGGAGUACAAGGUAGGAAACAUGGCAUUUUACUCUAAUUACAUUUAUUUUUAAGAUGUAAUAUCAAACACUCGUUAUUUAAAAAUAAACCCUAAAGGAAUAAGGUUCAUUUUUCAGCACAAAGUAUUUUCAGCUCAAUUUUUCUUCCAACCAUUUGGCGGAUUUUUCAACCAACAACCUCAGCAGCCUCAACAACAACCCAACUUUUUCCAAAAUAAUAUUUUCCAAUUUCCAACUCAACCCCCACCUCAACCCGUGACCACAACACUUGCACCGAUUCCAAAUCCCGAUUUAGAAGUUGGAAAUUGGCAGCUUCCAAAUCCUCGUAAUUGGCCUGUUGGGCCAGAUUGGAAUGAUCCGAGAAAUACACCACAAGAACAAUUGGUGGGUUUUUUUCAAAUUAUUGAAAGUUAAUGAACAAAUAUGUGGUUUUUAGGGUUGGGGUGGAAAGGAUAGAACAACUACGGUUAAGCCAAUUGCUCGAGCACCAACAUCAAAAAGAGUUCAAAAGGCUGUUAAGAAAUUGCAUUGA